AUGACCGACCGGUCGAUGCUCUGGGCAUUGUGCCUAGUCAAUCUGAAAUUCAACCGCAUCUACACCAGCUAUCUCUACCAGUCCAUAAUAUGGCGGGCAGGAGGCCACAUCAAGGAGGCCACCAUCGAUGCCAUGGUCGCCUCCGGAUACCUAAAUCUCACCACUCGCCUAGAAGUGCGGUCGAAUACCGGACCCUCAACAGUGCCCAAGACAUCCAAGUCUCUCGAAAAGUUGCUGAGAUGCAUGCCGAACCUAAUCUGGUUCAAAUGGGUCUCCUCCUUUGGCGACAUUAGCUCGAGCACCCUGGUGCACCUGAGUCGACACUGUCCCAAGCUCGAAGACAUAUGGUGCCGGGGCGGGCCUCGGCGCGACAUCUCGCUCUCGUCCCCAGUUCUCAAAGAACAGCUCAUAUUCCCAAAGCUGAAGCGGCUCACCUACCAUGGCAUCGAGAACUGGCUCGCCAUGCGCUUCCUCCCCAACCUGCCCAAACCCCUGAUCUUCGACCCACGGACCGAGGAAGAGGAGCAGAUGGAGUCCGCGCAGAUCCGACUAAAGAAGUACGUCCAGGACUGGAUCCGCCGGCAGGAGACGCUCAGGACGGCCUCGUCCAGGUCGUGUGAGGCGCCGCUCGAGGUUCACACGUGCUUCCAUAGGAUGUCGGAGUGGGCGCCCGAAUGCCCCGUUUGCAAGUCUGAACCGUCGAGCGCUCGGGAGAGGGGACUUUAUCUUCACACCCUGUGGCCCUGCGGCUCGGGCACGGCUGAGCUGUAUGUCAUCCGCGGCUCGAUGGAGCAUAUCAAACACCGUUUCCCUGCGGCAGCGCGAGCGGCAGAACUAGCCUUGGAUGCGGCCGAUGAGGCGUAA